GCCAUUCAAAGAUCUUUUCUUCCAAUGAAAUGUCAUCGUAACUUGGUCUGUUUGUCGGGAGGAGAAUGCCAGGAACUUGAUGAGGCCGGUGAUUUCAGGUGCAAAUGUCCUCUCGGUACAACUGGAACGAGUUGUGAACAAGUUUCCUCGAUCAAGUAUCCUAAAUUUCAAGGAAUUGGCCAUAUUGCUUUUCCAGCUUUGAAGAAAGCGGAAUUAAGUUUUAACGUAAAAAUGGAGUUUAAACCGGAGAGUGAAACUGGUUUGUUACUUUUUACCGCUGAUCAACCAGAUGCCAAAUUUGACUUUUUUUCAAUUUCAUUGGUGUCUUCCAAAAUUGAAUUCAGAUAUGAUUGUGGAUCUGGCAUGGCGAUUAUUAAAAGUUCGAACGUGGUGAAGUUGAACAUGUGGAACAUGCUGGUCAUCAACAAGAACGAACAAUUUGGAAUGAUCCAGUUGAACAAUGAAACUAUUGCCAGAGGAAAAUCAAAGGGUAAUUUCAGUCGAAUAAACUUUCAAAACAAUUUGUACCUGGGUGGCUACCUGAACCUCAGCGAGGUUUCCGAUAGGAUCGGGAUCGGAAAGGGAUUCGACGGCUGUAUUCGGCUGUUGCAGAUCAAUAAGAAGCUGUACGACAUGAGGAAAGGAGAAUUUGUUGGAGACGCUUUGGGAGGUGUUGAUGUCGAAAACUGCAUAACUGGAAUAUGCAACAAACUGACAUGCUUCAACGGAGGGCAGUGCGUGGCUGAGAACGCCGAGUUUCCAAGAUGCGACUGUCCGCUGGGAACAAGUGGCGACCAGUGUCAGACAAGCGAGUUCAUUGGCUCCUCCUUUCUGCAGUUCACCGGCCUGCGGCGGAACGUCCUUUCCUUCACGGAGAUCGAGGUUCACCUGAAACCGAAGAAGAACUACGGCUUAAUACUUUAUAAUGGUUAUGCGAAAGAUAAGACUGGAGACUUCAUAUCACUGAGCAUUGUGGACGGCUUCGUUGAAUAUCGUUUCGAUCUUGGAACUGGCCCAGCCAUUUUGAGGAGCAAAUACAGAAUUGAGUUGGAUGUGUGGCACAUUGUGAUCGCCUCGCGAACUGGACGGAAAGGUUAUUUGAAGGUUGACGACCAACAGCUGGUCGAAGGGAUGGCGAGUGGAGCAUUCACGCAACUGACACUCACUUUAGAUUUGUUUGUUGGAGGUCACAGAAAUUUUGAUGAAGUUGUGCCCGCAGCUAAUAUCAAUGAAGCUUUCUAUGGCUGUAUUCAAAAAGUUUUGAUAAAUGAAAAGCCAAUGAAACUUUUGUUAGAAGCUAUUACAGGAAUGAACCUGAUAAAUUGCAACCACGCUUGCUCAGAUAUUCCGUGCGGAGAGUAUGGAAAGUGCACACCGCAGCUCAGCGACUUCACUUGCAGUUGUGAUCUGGGCUAUGCAGGCAACGUUUGCGAAACAAAACUAGAUGCGUCAUCCAUAUCUGCAGCAUCCUUCUCAGGGAACAGUUACUUGCUCUACGUUCAUCCAACCAUUGUCCAGAGAGCGAGCGGUCGUGAGUUCAUGUUGCAGUUCAAGAUGAAGGCAAGUGAGGAGAGCGGUCUGAUAUUCUGGGUGAGCGAGGAGGAAAGUGGGCCGAACGGCGACUACUUAGCAGUCGGCCUGCACGCCGGCUUCCUCGAGAUGAGGUUCGACCUCGGAACUGGCGAUGCUCACAUCGUGCACAACUUCACACGCCUGGACGACAACAAGUGGCACUUCAUCAGCAUUCAUCGUUUCGAAAGGACGGGAUUCCUUCAAGUAGAUGGUCAGAACAUCACGAAAGGAUUCUCACCUGGCGAAAUGAAGCAGCUCACAUCUCCAGGGUCCAUUUUUUUAGGCGGGAUGGAAGACAUAGUACAAAGAACGCUUAAGAGAUACAAAUCAGGGCUGGUUGGAUGUUUGCAGAAUGUCACGUUAGGCGGGGACCUGGGCAUUCAUCUGGUGGAAGAUGCCCUCGAAGGCAGCAACAUCAACUCGUGCGGCGUCUACAGUUAA